AAAAGGAAUGCAGACCAAUCGCAGAUAUUGGAUUUGUCAUUGACUCAUCUGGAAGCAUUGGGCGGAGCAAUUGGGGAAGGAUGAAGCGAUUCCUCAAAGCGUUGGUCAGCAAACUUGACGUCAGUCCCUCCUCAACACACAUAUCAGCUGUUGCAUAUAGCAAUAAUCCCGUGGUGGUGUAUCGGUUUAACAACCGCCAAGCGACAGAUGACGUCAACAAUGUGUUUGACGGUAUGCGAUGGCAACGCGGCUUUACUUACACGGACAAAGCUCUUUUGCUGGCAGACAAUGACUUGUACAAACCUUCGAACAGCAUGAGACCAAACGUUGCAAAGGUUUUGAUAGUCAUCACCGAUGGAGCACAAACAACAACAAAAGCAUACACUCCGCUAGCAAUAGCGUCUGCAGGUGUAAAGAGCAAAGGAAUAGCAGUCUAUGCUAUUGGUGUUGGCACAGGAGCAAACGAGGCAGAGCUGAGAGAAAUUGCAUCCAGCCAAGAAAAUGUCUUUGUAUCGGCUUCUUUCAAGGAACUCCAUAGCCUUGCGGUAGAAAUACGGAAGAGACUCUGCGACUUACCACCUCCAUUAACAACACCGACGCCACUGCCAACACCUGCACCGUGCAAGGCUACGGCGGAUGUAGCAUUUAUCGUGGAUUCAUCGGGAAGUAUUGGUCGUCGAAGAUGGCCGCUGAUGUUGGGUUUCUUGAAGAAUAUCAUUAGUGCCUUCAAUGUUGGUCCAGAUGGCACCCAUGUAGCAGUAAUCGCCUACAGUAACGAUGCCAAGCUUGAAAUAGCCUUCGACUCCGUGUCCGGGGCGCAGAUUACUGCCAAAGAAUAUGGAAGGCGGAUAGAUAAGAUCGCAUUUCAGAGAGGCUUUACAUACAUCGACAAAGGCUUGAAAAUGGCAGAUGAACAAGUGUUUGUGCCAAGCGCAGGAAUGAGGCCCAAU